GUGGUGUUUGCUCCCGCGACAAGUCUGAGAGUCUAUAAAGUCAGGAAAACUAAAUACACUCUAAAACUAAAAUACACACGCACAACCCGCACACCCGCUGGGAAACGAUUGUCAUAUAAAACACGAAUUGCAUUUGGCAGAUAAGCCAGAAAGCAGUCAGCCUGCCAAGUAGUCACCGGUACGAUUGCAUCGUAUGUCUAGAACCUAUUCUCCAAUCUGAACACGUUUUUGUCUGUCUAUAUAAAUAUUGCAUAGACAACAGACAAAGAUUGCUUUCAGUGCAUUCCAUCUUCGCAUUUAGUAGCUCACCGCACGGCGCAGUAAUCACAAGUGAAGACCCGGUCCAGGCGUUUGGCACGUGUCAUCGUCUGUAUCCUGCCAAAGACCAGCUCUUAUAUAAGCACUCCAACUUUCGGAAUUAUGUGCUAAGCCCUAUCUUGCGGUUUGAAAGAAACAUUUAUCAGCUUGCAUUUAAUAGAAGAUCGUAAUAGCUGAAAAGCAGGAUACGAAAUGGCCGACACAGAGAUUAUUGUGACAAACGCCGGCGAGCCUUCGACUAAGGCCAGCUUAAUAGUUGUCUCUAACCGUUUACCAUUCGUGCUGACGCGUAAUCCCGUAACAAAGGAGCUGGAGCGAAAGGCCAGCGCCGGUGGUCUUGUUACGGCCGUGUGUCCUGUGGUGAUCAAGGGUAGUGGCCUGUGGGUUGGUUGGUCUGGCAUACACUUGGAGGAUCCGAACGAGCCCAUUCCGGAGUCGAACCCCAAUGAUCAAACGCCUACAGCCGGCCUCAAGUCUGAGCAGGUGGUUUCUGUGAACAUUGAUGCCAAGAUCUUUGACAGCUACUACAAUGGAUGCUGCAACAAGAUCUUCUGGCCCCUGUUCCACUCAAUGCCUGGUCGCGCCAAUUUCGGCGCUGAGCACUGGAACGACUAUGUGACGGUGAACAAGCAUUUUGCGGUGCGCACCAUUGAAGCGCUGAAGAAAUGUCUGUCGAAAGGAAAUGGACAUGACAAGAACCCUCCCAUUAUUUGGAUACACGAUUACCAUCUAAUGCUGGCUGCCAACUGGGUGAGGGAGCAGGCCGAGGAAAAAAAUCUGCCCUGCCGUUUGGCCUUCUUUCUACACAUUCCCUUCCCACCAUGGGAUAUGUUCCGAUUGCUCCCCUGGUCCGAUGAAAUAGUGCAGGGCAUGUUGGGCUGCGACCUCGUGGGCUUCCACAUACAAGACUAUUGUUUAAACUUCAUCGACUGCUGUCAGCGCAAUUUGGGCUGUCGUGUCGAUCGAAACAACUUGCUUGUGGAGCACGGCGGUCGAACUGUGCGUGUUAGGCCCCUACCCAUUGGAAUUCCCUACGAGCGUUUUGUCAAUUUGGCGCUCAACGCGGCCAAGGUGCUCAAAACAACAAAACAGCAGAUAAUUCUGGGUGUGGAUCGUCUCGACUACACUAAGGGUUUGGUCCAUCGACUGAUGGCUUUCGAAGCUCUACUCUUAAAGUAUCCACAGCACAAGGAAAAGGUCAGUCUGCUACAAAUUUCGGUCCCCUCGCGCACUGAUGUAAAGGAAUACCGCGAGCUAAAAGAGGAGGUCGAUCAGUUAGUGGGUCGUAUUAACGGGCGCUUCACCACAGCAAACUGGGCCCCAAUACGGUACAUCUACGACUAUGUGGGUCAGGAUGAACUGGCAGCAUUGUAUCGCGACGCUGCCGUUUGCUUGGUCACUCCAUUGCGCGAUGGCAUGAACUUAGUGGCUAAGGAGUUCGUGGCAUGUCAAAUAAACGAUGUGCCCGGCGUUUUAGUCAUUUCACCGUUUGCUGGCGCAGGCGAAAUGAUGCACGAGGCACUGAUAUGCAAUCCAUAUGAAGUCCACGAGGCUGCCGAGGUCAUACAUCGCGCUCUGACUAUGCCCGAGGAUGAGCGUGCACUUCGAAUGGCUCGUCUGCGACGACGCGAGGCCGAGUGCGAUGUUAGCCACUGGAUGCGGUGCUUCCUGAAAGCCAUGGGCACGCUGGAAAUGGACGAUGUAGGCACUACCAUAAUGCAGCCAGUGAGUGUGGAUGACUUUGACGACUACUUACUCAAAUACAUCGGCUACAACCACAAAUUGGCACUGCUUUUGGACUACGAUGGUACCUUGGCACCUAUUGCGCCCCAUCCAGAUCUUGCCACACUCUCGCCAGAGAUAAAAAAUGUGCUCUUCAAGCUGUCCAAUCACUCGGACGUCUAUGUGGCCGUUAUCUCGGGCCGAAAUGUGGACAAUGUGAAAAAAAUGGUUGGUAUCGAGGGCAUCACUUAUGCCGGUAAUCACGGUCUAGAAAUUCUGCAUCCUGAUGGCAGCAAAUUUGUGCAUCCCAUGCCAAUUGAGUACGAAGACAAAGUCAGUCAUUUGCUGAAAGCACUGCAAGAUUCAGUCUGUCGCGACGGUGCCUGGGUUGAGAACAAAGGUGCGCUGCUCACUUUCCACUAUCGCGAGACGCCCAAUCAGUUGCGUCCAGCGAUGGUAGAAAAGGCACGCGGUCUUAUAGUGAAAUACGGCUUUAAGGCGACGGAGGUGAAUUGUGCGCUGGAAGCACGUCCCCCAGUUCAGUGGAACAAGGGUCGGGCUUCAAUUUACAUUUUGCGAACUUCUUUUGGUGUCGAUUGGAACGAACGCAUUAAGAUUAUCUACGUUGGUGACGAUCUGACGGAUGAGGAUGCUAUGGUGGCAUUGAAAGGUAUGGCACGCACAUUCCGUGUGACCUCCUCGGACAUUGUGAAAACUGCUGCCGAUCAUCGGUUGCCUUCAACCGACUCGGUUUAUACUCUUCUGAAGUGGGUGGAGCGGCAUUUUAUGGGUCGAAAGGCUCGUGCUAAUUCGCUGACGUAUCGGCCGCCGAAGGGUGAUGGUGUGAAAUCGCAAAUGUCGCUAGAAAUCGCCUCAUCCCCAAACAACCUAGAAGUGUAGCUGAAGAAAUUCGCAGAAAGACCGUUGGAUGACGACGACAAUGGCAGAAAACCAGCAAAAUAUACUCCUAGUUUUGUAAUGAAUUUUUAUGACUGUAAGAAUAAAUUGUACCUUAAACAAA